AUGUUGAAAUUGGAACCCGUACCGGAAAGUACUUUUGGAAUUUAUAUGAUCUUGUAUCACGAAGCGGCUGCCGUUGGUCUACUAGAGACGGUGCUAUUCCACGAGGAUGGUGUUGAGUGCAUAAGCGAGGUCGCUAUCGAUCUCCUACAAUACGCCGUCGAACAAUUGACCACGUUGAUUGUUCUCAUUAAUAACGGUUACAUGAAACCCAUGUCGGUGAAGGAAAUGGAAUGCGAGACCGUUAUCGAUGAGCUCGAGAGGCAGAAGAGGGACCUGCAGUUCGACAUUAGCAUGAGAUGCAUCUCCAUUGUUCGGUAUCUCGCUGAACACAUGGAAGUGUCGGGAUUAGGCGCGUGUAGCGCGACCAAUCUUUACAAAACCAACGAUGUUCCCUCCAUACUUUGUCACUUGCUUCAAUUGGAACCAUGGAGAAGGAUUAAUGACAAAGGGGAUCUACAAGUUUUUAACUAUGGCCGUUGGUCGAGGCCGAGCACUGAAGACUUGACGCGUAUGCACCGCAGCGAGGCGCAACUCUGGCUGUGCUUGCGGCAGCUACUCUUGGAACCGCGCCUUCAGCACUAUUAUGUCAUCGACGAGUGUCGUCGCACGUCCUUCUGUCGUUUGCAAGCUAAGAUGACAGAUGAAAAGAUAGAUCAAAUCCCGCCAUUGGGGGAACUUAAACAUUUGCUCUGUCAAAUGGCCAUUGGUGAUUAUUCAAGUUUGCAUAACCGCGGGAACGGCGUUAAGAAUCCCGGUUGUGCCGUUAUUGAAGUUGUACCACAGAUCAAAGAGGCGUUCCUGCGCGGCGUGCACAAGAGGAGGAAGGCGUUAGCCGCGGCGCAGCUGGAGCGGUGCCACGUGGACGGCUCGGAGGAGUCGCGCCGGAGCGCGAGGCGGCUGCUCGACUCGUACGCCAGCGAGGCCGCUUUGGCGAUGGACGGCGGCGGCGCGAGGUGCGCUCGUUGCGGCGACAGGGCGGCCAAGAAGUGCUCGCGGUGCAAGACCGAGUGGUAUUGCGGGAGG